UCAUCCCACGUGGGGCCGGCCCCAGCCCCUCAUCUCCUGCUCUCGAUCCUCUGGGGUCUCUCUUUCCCAGGAGGCCAUGGAUGCCUCGACGCCUUUGCCUCCCGUACCCCUCUCCCCGAGCUGCAACCCAGCCCCACGGACGAUCCAGAUCGAGUUCCCUCAGCACAGCUCGUUGCUGCUGGAAGCCCUGAACCGCCACAGGCUGGAGGGAAAGUUCUGUGAUGUGUCGCUCCUAGUGCAGGGCCGGGAACUUAGGGCUCACAAAGCAGUGCUGGCCGCUGCCUCUCCUUACUUCCAUGACAAACUUCUUCUGGGGGACGCGCCGCGCCUCACUCUGCCCAGCGUCAUUGAGGCUGAUGCUUUCGAGGGGCUGCUCCAGCUCAUUUAUUCAGGGCGCCUGCGCCUGCCGCUGGACGCUCUCCCUGCCCACCUCCUUGUGGCCAGUGGCCUCCAGAUGUGGCAAGUCGUAGAUCAGUGCUCAGAGAUUCUUAGAGAACUCGAAACCUCAGGUGGGAUUUCAACCCGUGGGUCGACCCCUUGCCACGCGCCUCUUGCCACCACAUCCUCUGCAGGAGCCUGGUGCAUUCGCUCUUCCCCUUUCCAGACCCCAGUGCCGUCUUCCGCUUCUACCGAGAGUCCUGUUGGAGGGGAUGAGAGUGAACUGGGAGAUGUGUUACAGAUUCAAGUUGAGGAAGAGGAGGAGGAGGAAGAAGAAGAGGAGGAGGAGGAGGAGGAGGAGGACCAGGGCUCAGCAGCCCCCUCUCAGACUCCUCAACCUCAGAGAGUGUCAGGGAGUUUUCUCCGCCCUCAUGGAUCCCACCCACUGCCCCUUUCCACUACUCCCCGCAGGCUUCCAGAUGGUGAGAGUGCACCCCUUGAGCCUCCUGCCCCUCAUACUGCACUGCCCCCCAAAAUCUUCUACAUUAAGCAGGAACCCUUUGAGCCUAAGGAGGAGAUACCAGGAGGUGGAACUCAGUCUGGAGGAGCAAAGGAGGAGACCACAGUAUCUGCUGGAGGGGACACAGAAGGGAAUGGGGGGCUAGGGUUCUUGCUGCCCUCAGGAGCAGGGGCAACAUCUGGAGGAGGGGGUUCAUCUUGGAAACCAGUGGAUCUUCACGGGAAUGAAAUCCUGUCAGGAGGUGGGGGACCUGGGGGAGCGGGGCAGGCCGUGCACGGGCCUGUGAAGCUAGGAGGGGCACCCCCUGCAGAUGGAAAACGCUUUGGUUGCUUGUGUGGGAAGCGGUUUGCAGUGAAGCCAAAGCGUGACCGGCACAUCAUGCUGACCUUCAGCCUUCGGCCCUUUGGCUGUGGCAUCUGCAACAAGCGCUUCAAGCUGAAGCACCAUCUGACAGAGCACAUGAAGACCCAUGCCGGAGCCCUGCAUGCGUGCCCCCACUGUGGCCGUCGGUUCCGAGUUCAUGCCUGUUUCCUUCGCCACCGGGACCUCUGCAAGGGCCAGGGCUGGGCCACUGCUCACUGGACUUACAAGUGACUGUGGAGGCCAAAACUAACUUCCAGUACACGAGAGCCACUGCUGCUGACGGAUCCUUACCCUCACUACCAUGGCACCCCAAUCCUGGAUCUUGUAAUCAUGCCAAGAGGAUAGAUGCAUUAUGGACCUCUUGCUCUUGGGUGUGGGCCUCAACCUAGCAGAUUUGGAAACUCAGAUUUCUUGUCUCACUCCCGGUUUUUGCUAACAAUCCUACAAGAAAGUGGUUUACAGGCCAUAAGUAAAUUGAUGACUUGCCCAUAAUAGACCUUUUCCUACAGGAAACCAGAUUUCAGAUUAGAAGUUUUAUUUGAUGAGAGAAGAGUUAGAA